UCAGUAUCAGCUUUAUCAAUACGAACAAUUCCAAACAAAAUUCAGAAAAGCUCACAGUUGGUUUUGUUUUUUCCUUAAGAUACAAAAUUUUGAUUAAAUCUAUAAUUACUUAAAAAUGAAUUCGCAUCUUGUAACAAUAAGGGAAAAAUCCGUCCCGCAUAUUGGCUUAGCUGAUUGGCAUUCUCGGGUAAAUAAAUUGAGGACUGUUGCAAAUUCACGUCGAAAUGAUGCUUUCGAUAUUCGUCAUUCGUCGCGAACACUUCGCAAUGAAACAAAAAUUGAAGCUGAUUGGAGUAAUUACGAAAGUAAUGAAGCUCUCUCCGGAAGAAUUGCUGAAGUUAAUCGUUGGAGAACAACAAUACAAAGAACAUUUGAAAGAAUCCAACAUGAAGUUCAUUUGCUAAAAGAAGAAUCAGCUUCAACCGAGCGUGAAUUGGAAGCAAUGAGUACACCUCUAACUGUGGUUGCCGAAUGUUUGACUAUGCGUGAUAGUCGACUUGGUUCUGAACUUACAAACGAUGAUGCUGAUAUUGAACUUAAAAAGGAACUGGAACUUGUUGAGAGUAAUCAUAAACUUCUUCGGGAUCAGUGCCAUUCUGCAUGGGAGAAACUUUUACGUUUGGAAGAGAUACAAAAAAAGAUCGGUAUAGCAUUGGAAAAUCAAGCCAAAGCAGAAGCAAUUGAUGUUGCUCAGUUGGAUCUGAAUAAAAUGUCUGCGAAUAUUUCUUUUAAGAUAGAUCCGACAAGACAUCCAAAGAAUUCUUGUACUUAUCAGUCUUGGCUCCAGUCAACCAAAGAUCUUAAGCAAAUGGCUGAAAAUGAGUUAUCGGACACGUAUUCUAUUCGAGAGUCAUUGUUCGUGGGCCGUGAAAAGGCUAGAAAUAUCUUAAUCUCCCAGCAGGAUAGAACUGAGCAUACAAUUCGAAAGAGAAUCUUUCAAACUCAGCGAGCUCGUAACGAGCUUGAAUGGCAAAAACUAAAGAUGCAAGAGGAAAUGAAAAGAAUGUUUAAUGAGAUAAAAAAUCUCGAACAAUCGCUUCGAGAUAAAACCGAUGCUUUGAAAUUGGCUGAAACCAGACUUGAAAACAGAACUGAGCGUAUGGGAAUUGAAAAAUGCUUAGAUGAAGCAUAUGACAAGCUCUGCCUCGAAGUAACUGCAAUACGAACAAUUCGAAGAAGCCUUGAAGACCGAAUUGAGGCUGCAAGAACUAAUUAUAAUCUUCUAGAAGAACAUGAACAAAAAAUAAAUGUUGAUAUGAAUAAUAAGCAACAUUCUCUUAUGACCGAUAUAAAAGCCUUAGAUUUAAGAGCUCGUUUAAGAGUUGGUGAGUUUGCUGGAACUGAAAGUGGUCCAUCUAUUCAAACCGAAAGGAAUAUAAAAUUAACAAAAAUGGAAGAUGAAAUUCCAAAGAAUUAGAACUCAUUGACAAUUCAUUAUGUACGAGUAUGUUAAUAAUAU